UCCCAGCCUCCCGUUCACAGCUCCCGCCUUCUCACGUCGGACAUCGGCCCCCGGGUGACCGUUACUACUGCCAGCGAACGCGCAGAGCCGCAGGGGCACACAAGGCGGAGGGGACACCAAAGUCCGUUCUUGCCCAGCACGUCCGCUGCCCCAGCGACUGCGCAACCCUGAGGCAGGCAGACGCGAGAGGAACCCUAGGCCCAGCACGCCGCAGCCCCCCCUUCCCCACGCCGGGCCGCCUCUGCAACUCACAAAGUGCCCUCAGAAAAGAGACCCUCAGAAGAGUCUUCUCUUAAGAAGAUAAAGAAGGUAGUGGAAACGAGCCUCCUGAGCUUUUCAGGCCCUAAAUGGCUGAAGAAUCAAGAAAGCCUUCAGCCCCAUCCCCACCAGACCAAACUCCUGAAGAGGAUCUUGUGAUUGUCAAGGUAGAGGAGGAUCAUGGUUGGGACCAGGAAUCUAGUCUGCAUGAAAGUAACCCUCCUGGCCAAGAACUGUUCCGCCUGCGCUUCAGGCAGUUAUGCUAUCAGGAGACACUAGGACCCCGAGAAGCUCUGAUCCAACUACGGGCACUUUGCCAUCAGUGGCUGAGGCCAGAUUUGAACACCAAGGAGCAGAUCCUGGAGCUGCUGGUGCUGGAGCAGUUCUUGACCAUCCUACCUGAGGAGCUCCAGACUCUGGUUAAGGAACAUCAGCUAGAGAACGGAGAGGAGGUGGUGACCCUGUUAGAGGAUUUGGAAAGGCAGAUUGAUAUACUAGGACGACCAGUCUCAGCUCGUGUACGUGGACAUAGGGUACUCUGGGAGGAGGUAGUACAUUCAGAAUCUGCACCAGAGCCUCCAAGUACUCAGCUCCAAUCUGAGGCAAGCCAGCAUAAAUCUCCAGUGUCCCAGGAGUCACAAGAGAGAGCCAUGCCUACUUCUCAGAGUCCUACUUCUUCCCAGAAAGGAAGUUCUGGAAACCAGGAAAUGACAGCUACACUUCUCACAGCAGGGUUCCAGACUUUGGAGAAGAUUGAAGACAUGGCUGUGUCCCUUAUUCGAGAGGAGUGGCUUCUUGAUCCAUCACAGAAGGAUCUGAGUAGAGAUAACAGGCCAGAAAAUGUCAGAAACAUGUUCUCCCUGGGUGGUGAGACCAGGAGUGAGAACAGGGAAUUGGCUUCAAAACAGGUAAUAUCUACUGGAAUCCAGCAACAUGGAGAGACAGCUGCCAAAUGCAACGGGGAUGUUAUCGGGGGUCUUGAGCAUGGAGAAGCCCGAGACCUUCUGGGCAGAUUAGAGAGGCAGCGGGGAAAUCCUACACAAGAGAGACGACACAAAUGUGAUGAAUGUGGGAAAAGCUUUGCUCAGAGCUCAGGCCUUGUUCGCCACUGGAGAAUCCACACUGGGGAGAAACCGUAUCAGUGUAAUGUUUGUGGGAAAGCCUUCAGUUACAGGUCAGCUCUUCUUUCACAUCAGGAUAUCCAUAACAAAGUGAAACGCUAUCACUGUAAGGAGUGUGGUAAAGCCUUCAGUCAGAACACAGGCCUGAUUCUGCACCAGAGAAUCCACACUGGGGAGAAGCCGUAUCAGUGCAAUCAGUGUGGGAAGGCUUUCAGUCAGAGUGCAGGCCUUAUUCUGCACCAGAGAAUCCACAGUGGGGAGAGACCCUAUGAAUGUAAUGAGUGUGGGAAAGCUUUCAGUCAUAGCUCACACCUCAUUGGACAUCAGAGAAUCCACACUGGGGAGAAGCCCUAUGAGUGUGAUGAGUGUGGGAAAACCUUCAGGCGGAGCUCACAUCUUAUUGGUCAUCAGAGGAGCCACACUGGGGAGAAACCCUACAAAUGCAAUGAGUGUGGGAGGGCCUUCAGUCAGAAGUCAGGCCUUAUUGAACAUCAGAGAAUCCACACUGGAGAAAGACCCUAUAAAUGUAAAGAAUGUGGGAAAGCUUUCAAUGGGAACACUGGUCUCAUUCAACACCUGAGAAUUCACACAGGGGAGAAGCCCUACCAAUGUAAUGAGUGUGGGAAAGCCUUUAUUCAGAGGUCGAGUCUCAUUCGACAUCAGAGAAUCCACAGUGGUGAAAAAUCUGAAUCUGCAGGAGUUUAGGAACAGCUUCGGUUAUAGUUUGAGCAUUAUUCAGCAUUAGAGAAACCACACACUGGUGAAACUAAAAGGCAGAAAGGUCAUUGCAACUCUAGUGACAGAAUCUAUAGUGGUGGCAAAGCUAGAAUAGCUUUUUAGUAAUUUGGGCCCAGUGCCUUCAUGAAGAUUGAUUAGUUUGACUGUCUUUGAAAGUAUCUGAUGGAGUUCCUCAUGGCCUAAUGUAUCCUUUAGAAAUUUAAAAUAGCAUUAGAGCAAGUUGCUUGUCAUGGCCUGAGGCACUUAAUUUUGUCUUUUGGGUGAGUAGCUAUAGGAUUGAGAGAGGCUGCUGCUCCUAGUUCCUCUGCUUCCUGUCUCCUGUGAUCCCCCUCCCAUUUAUUCCCUUGAAGGUGCCCUUGUAUUCCUAAUCAGAUCUAAGAAGCUCCUCUAGGGUCAGAAGUAGCUUCUAUGUGAAACUUAUAUUUGUAUGUAGCUUUCUAGAAAAAUUUUUACAGACACUUAAUGUAUUUAUGCUUAAGUGUGCAUUUUUUUAUUCUAAAUUCCCUCUAGUCCGUGGGAAUUUGUAUUCCCACACAAACUCAGAAUGCUAUAUUUUUAACAGCACUCAUUUUUCUUCAUAUAUGACCUUCACUGACUCCACUGAGUCACUGAGCAUUCAUACAUAUCCUUCACCACCCUCAGUCCUGGUACCUGUGUCGGCACAGGAAGUGGGCACACUAGUGAUGGUUAUGGGAGUUAAUACAGAGAAAGAAGUGAGUGGAAACUCAGCCCAGCUGUUCUUGAGCUUGAAUAGUUAAACAUUUUGGUGACUUACCACUCUCCUUCCACCUCCCCAGUGUACACUGUGGUACAAAUAGAUGUUUGCACUAUCCCUAGUUAUGGCAUCAGAUAGGAGAAGGAGAUAGAGGUGCUUUAGGACGACAAUACUCCUUACAGAGAACUCAUCCUUUUUGGCCCAUUACAGUACUGCUUUCUCAGGUUCUUAUCAGCCUGUGCAAACUCCCUGACACGCCUGUCAUUACCUUGCACCCACCUCUUUAGAUGGCCUCAGCACCUCACUCAUUAUUCUCCUUCUGUUUCUUGCCAUUAGUUUAUAAGACUUUGAUAUCCACAGUGAUAAUCUAAUACCUUACCUUACAGUUUUUCAUUCUUUUGAACUCUGAUGCACUCCAUCCGUAAUCCAUGUCUGUAAUCUACCAACAAAGAUAUACUAUUAAACUCAGUAUCUUCAGGCACUAUAUUUCGUCUCUGAGGCUUUCCAAGGCUAUACCAAGGAGUACUGUGUAAAGUAAUGAGACUUGUUUAAAGUAACAUGCCAGAACUUAUAUAUCCAAUGUGGGUUAUCACUUGUUAUUCCCAAGUACUGUUAUUCCAGUAAUACUACUAUACGCUUCCAGAUAUUUGGAACACUCUUAGAAUUCCCACUUAAUAAACAAUAUGGGAAAACCGUCUGUUACACUUCACUUUAAUCAUUUGAGUAGCCACUUCUUUACCAGAGUUGGAGUUAAUUUUUGGCUUACCAAAAUUUACCUUCAAACUUAAAAUUGAUUCCAUUAAACCUAUUCAGAAGAAAAUUAUAUAGGUUCUGGUGAGAAGUUCACAAGUUCACCCUGUGACUGUCCUGAAAAGGAAUAACAGUUAAUCAUAUUAUUUUUUAUUGAUGGGUCAAAAAAAGCAAUCAAAAUCUUUCCUCAUAGAGGACCACCUUUUGAGUCAUAAAUUCUUUCCCUGUAACUUUCCUUCUCUGCCUCCCUAAAGCCCUUGACCACCAACAACAUCAUAGUUAAUCUACAUCAAUUCCACUAAGCAGUUGGUGAAUGAAGGCACCCAUCAUUUGUCACAUUGGUUUUCAACAGUCCUUUUCAUUAUCAUUUAUUUUCUCAUCCUCCCUUCUCUUAUUUCUUUUUUUGAUUUAUAAGUUACCAUUCCUAAUUUCUUGGUACUUGAAAUUUCAAGAAACCAAAAACAAGUAAAUCUGGUUGUAUCUAGAUCUUCACUCUCUGUUCUCAGUUGUGCCUUACCCUUUGUAAGAUACUGAUUCUUCCUGGGGCCAGUACAACUUCGUAUGCAAAUAUUAAGUAUGAUGGGUACAUUGUCACAGGGAAAAUACAUGUGUGUGCACAUGUGUAUGUACACACACAGCUGCUGUACACUUUAGAGGAACAGUUCCCUUCUAUUCCAAUAAACAGCCCUUUUAAGCAGCCGGGCGUGGUGGCUCAAGCCUGUAAUCCCAGCACUUUGGGAGGCCGAGGCGGGUCGAUCACGAGGUCAAGAGAUCGAGACCAUCCUGGUCAACAUGGUGAAUCCCCGUCUCUACUAAAAAUACAAAAAAUUAGCUGGGCAUGGUGGCGCAUGCCUGUAGUCCCAGCUACUCAGGAGGCUGAGGCAGGAGAAUUGCCUGAGCCCAGGAGGCGGAGGUUAUGGUGAGCCGAGAUCGCACCAUUGCACUCCAGCCUGGGUAACGAGCGAAACUCUGUCUCAAAAAAAGAAAAAAAAAAAAGCCCUUUUAGCAAAGCAACAUAUUAACAGGAUUGGGUGCAUUCGGGGUGGGAUGGCCAUAGACCAGAGCAACAUAUUGAAAUAUGUACUAAUGUACCAGCUAAAGUCUCUUUAUGCGUCAGUAUUCAGAGUAAUGUAGAGCCAGCUUCCCUAAAUCUCAGAAUUACUAAGCAUUUGGCAUAAAUUCAGAGAAAAUAAUAUGACUAGAAAAGUCAGUGUUAUAUUGUAAAAAGACUGUGUCUUGAAGGAAUUAUCAGAGCUGAUACAGCACAUACAUAGAAUUAGCCAAAUAGUAUGACAAAAUGGAAAAAGGCUGUGGAUUCUUUGAGGACAUCAGCAGAAGUCACUCUUUGUCUCAAGUUCACACUGUUAGCAUAGAAUAUUGUUGACUAGGCUAUGUGACAUUUUGAGCUCUUAGACUGUGAAUGGCAUGCAUUAAGCUCCUUUAUCCUACACAUUCUAUCUUUAUGUUCAUCUGAAAUGAAUGGUUCAUCAGUACUUUUUCCUCCCAUCCUAAGCUUCUCAUUUUAGGACCUAACAUGAUAAGGUGGUUCUUCCAUAACUCUUAACACCAUCCACCGUAGCCCUGGAAGAGGCAUCUUAGGUUUCAGAGAUUUUCUCCAUGGACCAAGGUGAAGUACUAGAAUGUGGUGGUUGAUUCCCAUACAGAGCAGUUAACUUCACUCUUGGUUCUGAGUCUCCAGAUAAUAAAAGCUGACAUUUAUUGAGCACUUAGUGUGUACCCAACCCUGUUAUACCUUUCUCAGGGUAAUGAUAGGUGUAUUCGUCUGUUUUCAUGUUGCUGUUAAAGACAUACCUGAGACUGGGUAAUUUAUAAUGGAAAGAGGUUUAAUGGACUCACAGUCCCACAUGGCUGGGGAGGCCUCAUAAUCAUGGCAGAAGGCAAGGAGGAGCAAAUCAUGUCUUACAUGGAUUGCAGCAGGCAAAGAGAGAACUUGUGCAGGGGAACUAAACUUCUCUUUAUAAAACCAUCAAAUCUCAUGAGACGUAUUAUCACAAGAACAGCACAGGAAAGUUACACCCCCAAGAUUCAGUUACCUCCCACUGGGUCCCUCCCAUGACACAUGGGAAUUGUGGGAGCUACAAUUCAAGAAGAGAUUUGGAUGGGGACCCAAUGAAACCAUAUCAAUAGGUAUCAUUUUAUUCCCCAUUUUAUAGAUGAGGAAACGGAGGCUUAGAGAGUUGAAUGAGUUGACAGAUGUCACACAGCCAGUAAGUGAUAAAACAGAUUCUGACCCAGAGGGUUUGAUUCUAGAACCUGUGUUCUGACUACUGUGCUGUGCUGUGUAUGAUGAACAUGGUAAUUCUAGCCAGCUGUUUAAAAAUACGUAGCCCUUGUUAUGGUGGGUAGGGAGGAAGAGAAUAUGGAAUAGAGUUCAAAUACGUUACAAUUACUGGAAAAUUGGUUGAAAAUGCCCUUUGGGGUUAUAAUUAUAUCAUCUUUAAGUGUUGAUGCUUUGUAGUACUACAGAGUUACAUUGUGCAAAUAAAACAUAUGUAACAGAGUAACUGGGAGGAUAAAGCAGUAAUAAAUUCAAAUAUAUUUUUCUCUAAACUGCCCGAGGGGAAGUAGAAUUGUGAAGAAAAAUGAAAUAUCCAUGUACCAGGCCAGGCAGAUGGUCACUUACGAUGGCACUAGUAAAUUCAUCUACAGCAUAAAAUGUGAACUACUUUCAACCUCAUUGCCCAUUUCCAACUACCAUUCUCUUUCUCCUCUAUCGCUCUAUCGUUCAUGAUUUUUCAAACAUGUCUUCCAUUUCUCAACCCCCCUUUUUCUCAACCCCCACUUCACAUUAAUCUGUUCCUAAAACAACUUAGUACUGGCUUUUAUACAUAGCGUUCCAGUGAAAUGUUCUUAGACUCAUCUGUGGACAAAUAGUAAGGCCUUUUUUUUUUUUUAAGUUCUUGUCCUUUUUUAUCUAAUUUAUAUUUUAUAUUGUUGGAGCAUCCUUCCUUUGGCUUGUAUGAUCCUUUUUCUCCAAUAUCUGGCUUUUUGUUUUAACUGAUCUUUCCCAUUCCCUCUUCUCCCCUUCUCCACUCAGAAUACUCUCCCUGUCUUACUUUUAUUCACUUCAUCUUCGUUCUUUUCUUUAUUUCUUUUGAGAUGGAGUCUCACCCUGUUGCCCAGCCUGGAGUGCAGUGGUGUGAUCUCUGCUCACCGCAACCUCCACCUCCUGGGUUCAAGCGAUUCUCCUGCCUCCCAGCCUCCCAAGUAGCUGGGAUUACAGGCAUGAACUACCACACCCAGCUAAUUUUUGUAUUUUUAGUAGAGAUGGAGUUUUACCGUGUUUGUCAGGCUGGUCUCCAACUCCUGACCUUGUGAUUCGCCUGCCUCGGCCUCCCAAAGUGCUGGGAUUACAGGUGUGAGCCACCAUGCCUGGCUCACUUCAUUUUCUAUACUCCUGUUUAUCCAUUUUGAUUGUUUUUUGUUUAUACCUACUAUUUGUAUUCAAAUGACUUCAUUUUUCCUGCUCUGUGGGUCAGUUUGUGACUUUCGGAAUUUUCCACAGGUACCUAUACAACUUGGUAUUUGAAAACAGAAUUCAUUAUCAUAUACACCAAACCCCCAUUUUCUUUUUAAAUAGGCCUCAUUGCCUUAUUCAUUUGUCCUGAAAAGUGUCACCAUCCUUCAUGUUUUUACCCCAACCUUGGAGUUACCUUUUUCUACUCUCCAUUCUCCAUGUCUAAAAAUGUGCUGUCAGUCCAGUUUUUAAUCAGUUCUGUCUUUGAGGCCUGAUCUCCCAUUUUUCUCAUCUCUGUAUAGCCUUUCAUGUAGAUAAGAAGCCCAGGUUACUGUAAUUCUUUUUUUCCAAUUUCUUUGCUCUCAGGGUCACCAUCUUGUAUAAAGUUUCCAAUACUCUAUACAAGAUGCUCCUGAAACUCUGUUUUUACAGUAUCUAAUUUUCACUAAGUAACACUCAGUAGAUAAUUCCUGCCAAGCAGUGGUGUUCCAAAUUCUCCAUUACCUCUGUGCUUAAUAGUUGUCAGCCUUCAUUACUCUUUAGCGUAUUCACCUUGAUUCAACAGAUUCAAACUUCCCAUAGCCUCUGCUGAUGUCUUACCAGCUCUUACCUCUGUGCCUUUCUCAUGCUGUUAUUUUUGCUUAGAUUGCUCUUUGGUCCCAGCCAUGUUCACCACUCCCUUCCCAGCCCAGCUGUCUUCACAUCUUCUGAGUGAGCGCUCCCUGAUUGACAUCACCUCAUGUGGUGACCUCCCUCAUUCUGUGCUGCCUCAGCACUUACCUUUUGAGUUUGUACUGUCUCCAUGCACUUACUAAUAUGUUGCUUUGUAAUUAUUGUCUAGCACUCUGUUACCGUUUCAUAUUUGUAUUUAUUUCCAAAAUUAAAUUGUGAGCUCCUUGAGGGCAGGAAAAAUUACUUUUAUAUUUGUAUCUCUGCACCCCUUAGUGCCUAGUGUAGUGCUGAGCACAUAGUAGGCGUUUAAUAAAUGCUUGUUGAAGUA